AUGGAUAUGAAUCGUGGAUAUGCAUUUCCUGGUGAGGUGCUGGAGCGAAGACACUCUGAUACGUGCAUUCCGCAACAACCACCCGUGAACAUGCCGAUCUCUCCUAAACCACCUCAUACCCCGGAAUACACACAUCCACACUUCGCCAUGAUAUACCUCGACCACAACGGUCAAUGGCAACUGCAAGCCUCGCCCUCAAUUGCAGGCUGCGAAGGCGCUAUUUUCACACCAGAUGUUACAAACAAAUUCAUAGAAAUGACUGGCCAGACCCCACAGACCAAUCCGCAGUUCACAAACCCAAGCCAAGCACCCCACUCCCCUUGGGACGAGCAACCAUCUUCGGAAUGGGGGCAAACCGGUCUGGCGAGACCGGCCGAGAUGAUUCCGUUCCAAUGGUCUUCGCAGCAAAGCCGGAAAAAGUCAAAGCGAUCCGGCGGUAUGUCCAAGUCUCGACCUAAAUCUAGCUCGCCGCCGCCUGCCACACCUCCACCUGGGCGGACUGUCCUUCGCGUCGGUAACCGGGCGCUACUGCGGCGGUACUACGAGAAGGCGUUCGAGGAUUUCCAGCAGCUCAACUGCCGCGCUAUUGCAAAAUCCUAUAUUAAGCUUGUCGAGCCGAGGAAGCAGGUCCAUUACCCGUACAACGGACGCAGGGUUAUUGCCGGCGUCUCACAGCGUGUCGACCCGGAGUUCACCAAGCCUGCAUGGUGGCCUGCUGGUGUCUUACACAAGGAGCCUGAUCAUCUGCUCAAGCCUGAUCGACUGCGACUUCUUGUUCAUAUCCUCUGUGAACUAAAGGAUAGCCACGGAGUCACAACAGGUAAGCUGCGAGACGCUGGCCAAGACGUGAGACGCCAGAUUACCCCUGCCCACCGGCUGCAGGUUCUAGACGAGAUCUAUUUUGUGCGCCAAAUGGAAGAACAGUUUUUGGAUGGCGAAAUCGGUAUGUGUCACACUGCCCUCACACAAGGCCUAAUCAGUUCCACUAACCAUGUCGGUAUUCUUGUUCCUAUAGACGCCAGUACCUUGAUUCAGGUAACACAGACACAUCUACCAGAAGCAAUCUUCCCAGACAGUAAUGAACUAUCAUCCCGUGCACACGCAGCGCCAGUGACAGCUUCUGUGGUCGAGGCCGAACACGACAUGCACGAUGCAGAUGAUAAUCCCAGCAUUCCCACGCUAGAAGAAGAUGACUCAAAGCUACACCACUCUAGUCUGCCACUCUCACCCACCACUAGCGAGUCAAGUGGCCCACAAAGCCCAACAGGCAGUUUCGGCUAUCCAAUGGGCAUAGCACCAUCAGUGCAUGUAAUACCCCCUCUCGAGUCCCCAAAUGUCACAAAAUCUAUGCAUCCGGACCCGAGUUAUCUCUCUGGAUACUACUCACAGCCGUUUGUGUCUGAUAAAGGGCCCGGGUUCUGGCCACAUGCCAACCCUGCGUCGCAGUUUGGAUAUUGA